AACAGGCGGUAGAAGAAUCAACAGUGGCGCUACGUUAAAUAAUGGAAACUCGAACAAAGAGCUAACCAGCCACUAGAAAAUAAGAGGUUGUGCUCGUUCUCUGUCCCUCGCGCGCAGUUCGGGCGUGCGGGAAUGAGAUGCACAAACACUUUCGGCCAUCAUAACCAUCUUGUGCAACUGUUUCUCUUCGGCCGUGUUCUAGUGCAAACGAACGAUGGACGCCAUUCGCACGAGAUAAAUCUUUUCUUCGCUCUAUCGUGAAGCGAGAGUGCGUACGCGUAACUCGGUGCCGGGUGUGAAGCUAUGCAAUAGUGUGACCGUGUGCUAAGUGGUUUCGGAGGAGCUCAGCGGAGUGAGGAUUUCAGCCUCGGGAACGGGGAGCAGCGCUUCGCGCUCGCGCGUGCAGCCGGGCAGGCUCGUCUUGGCGCUCGCGGUCGCGGAGCAUGGCGGACGCGAGCUGAGCGGCCGCGGCGUCCGGUCCGGGUCUCGCGGGCCGCUCCGCUCAGCCGGCCCGAUGGUGGCGGCACUGAGGUUAUUGUAUGGGUAUAUGCGUGAGCUGCCGGCGCCGCGAGAGGAAGGCUCCGGAGAAGCUAGCGGCGCUCGGCGCGGGCGGGCCCGCCGCUAAGGGCACGGCGGCCCUGCUGCUGCCGCGCCGCGCCGACCCGAGGCCCUUGCGCCCGCUGCCCAUCAUGGCCAACUCCAUUUCCAACAUCAAGAUGACCAACCCCAUCAAGGGCAUGGUCAGCAAGCGGCGGAAACGCUACAUCAAGGACGGAUUUAACCUGGACUUAGCCUACAUCACAGACCGGCUGAUAGCGAUGGGUUUCCCGGCGGAGAAGCUGGAGGGAGUCUACAGGAACCACAUCGACGAGGUCUACAGGUUCCUCGAGCAGAUGCACAAGGACCAUUACAAGAUUUACAACCUCUGUUCAGAGAGGUCUUACGACUCUGCAAAAUUUCAUGAGAGGGUGGUAAGGUACGCGUUCGAGGACCACACGCCUCCGAACAUGGAGCUGAUCCUGCCGUUCUGCGAGGACGUCCACAAGUGGCUCAACGCGGACCCCAAGAACGUGGCCGCCGUGCACUGCAAGGCGGGGAAGGGACGAACAGGCACCAUGAUAUGCUGCUACCUCCUGUACAGCCAGCAAAAGGCGACCGCGGACGAGGCGCUCAGGUUCUACGGGACGAGACGGACGCAUGACGAAAAAGGCGUAACGAUACCUUCGCAGCGGCGCUACGUAGAAUACUUCGCUGCGCUCGUCCGCUCCCGUCUCACAUACACGGCGACUAAAGUCCACAUUCGGGAACUAAUAAUGUCGCCUCCACCCAUGCUGAAUGGUGGACAAUGUUCGCUGGAGCUUACUGUGUCGCAAGCCAGUCCACCACUGAAGGCCCCAGCAGGCUGCCACGAAGUCCGCCGCGGCCCCACAGCGGUGUCAGUAGCCCUCACACACUGCACGCCCAUGUGGGGCGACGUGCGAGUGGACGUGUGCUCCAAGCCCAAGGUGUACAUGCGCAAGGAGAAGCUGUUCCACUUCUGGUUCAACACAUUCUUCCUGGCCGCCGGGCUGGACGCCGUGCGCGUGGAGCCCGACGACGGUUCGAAUUUGGAGACGUUCAAGCUGACGUUAAACAAAUGGCAGUUGGAUGACGCACAUAAAGACAAACAGCAUAAAUUAUAUAGCGAAGAUUUUAAGGUGGAGCUGAUCGUGCAGAAGCUGCCCGUCACCUCCACCUUCCCCGGCGCCGCGCGCCCCCCCGCCUCCUCGCCGCGCUCCUCCACCGCCUCCUCCUGCUCCGAGCCCGACACCGAGCCCGACGAGCACUGGGACUCCGGCGCGCCGGUGGAGCGCGUGGGGCGCUACCGGCCGCUGUCGCCGCCCGCGCCCGCGCCCGCGCCCGCCACGCCCAGCUCGCCCGACACGUAACGUGAAUCGACAUACUUGUGAAACCCGCCGGUGCCGAGGCAAAGGCUCCCCUAACUCGGUGCACUAAAGACUAACCGCAGCCUUUACUCUAGUGAUCUUACGAACUAGCUCUGUGUGUAGAUAAUAGUGUGGAGUGUUUUGUACAGAGAUUUUUAAGAACUCUUGUGAUAAUAAGUGAAAGGUACUGGAACGUUACCUCGAUGUAAAACGGUGUUUUUUUUUUUAUAAGAUGCAUUCUCGAUGCCCCUUACGAAAUGGUUUUGCCUUUCAUGGCAGCUACUUCGAUCAAAGCCCGAGAAAAUACUGCCAAUUUGUUAUACCCUGACAGAAAUAUAUGACUAUUAUCAAGGACAUAUCAUCACUACUUUGAAAAAAACUUGUAUCUUCGUCUGUCAAAUGAAAA